CAAGUAGCGGGAUUCGCUUCUAGAAACUCCACGUUAUGCUUCUUCUUCCAUCAUCUCAUCUCUUUAACACAACAAAUGAGUCACAACAUUAAAAAAAAAAAAAACACUUUCACUCAGUUAUUUACUGAAAUUGCCAUUUCCAUGUGCCCCAACUACUUCCUCCUAUAUAUACGGCUAAUUUACACAACUAGACAAAAAGGACCAAAAACUCCAUUAAAGCAAAACUCCAUCAAAAACCUCUCUCUCUCUCUCUCUCUCUCUUCUUUCUCACGCUCUUUUCAUUUGUCAACUGUAACAAUCCGAUUCCAAUGGAGCAAUACGAUGAUUCUAGCGCUUACACGGCGUCGUUUUCACCUAGCUUCAGUACUUAUUCCGGCGAUCGACUAGCGGAGAUCGCCGAACGAGUUUGUUACAGAGAGAAAUCAGACGAAGAAUUCGAGUUUUCGUUGGCGGCUGCGGCGGCGACGUCUUCUCCCGACGACGGUGGACUCGUUUUCCCUGUUUUUAACCAGAAUCUAAUCUCCGGCGAAACAUUGCCAGAGGAGAAAGCCGUUAUAAUUCCGUUGAAGGAUCUGUUCCUCCGUGAACGCAACGAGCAACCACCGCAGGAAGAAACGUAUUCAUCCUCCUCUGACGACGACGACGACGAGGAUGAGGAUGAGUUCGACGAGAUUCCAAGCGAGAUCUAUUGUCCGUGGACACCGGCGAGAUCCACGGCGGAGAUGUCACCAAGCGGAGGAUGCAGAAAAAGCAAAUCUACAGGCUCUUCUUCUACAUCGUCAUGGUCAACGAAACGGUGGCGUUUGAGAGACCUUCUCAAGAGAAGUAAAAGCGAUGGUAAACACUCGCUCAAAUUCUUGAAUCCAGUAGUAGACGAAUCUACGAAGAAGACUUCGGAGAAGAAGAAGAAGGAGAAAGUAGUUACGGCGGUAUCAGCACAUGAGAAGUUUUAUCUGAGGAAUAAAGCGAUGAAAGAAGAAGACAAGAGAAAAUCAUAUUUGCCGUACAAGCAAGAUCUUGUUGGACUUUUCUCUAACAUUAAUCGUUACGGCAAAUCUUUCCCACCGUUCUGAUGAUCCAAUAUUACUUUGGAUCUAUCCGGACAUAAAUUAGUGUUUUUUUUUGUUUUUGUCUUUUACAUAUUCGUAUCUAAUAAAUUAAAGGAAAUAUCUCAUAGUUUAUAUAUACAAAGAUGUAGAUGGGUAAUUUUUUAAUAAACACAUCUUAAACUAUGUUUUGAUCAUGUUCAUUUAUCAUAUGCUGUUGUAUAUA